ACCAUCCUGUGCUGCAUCCAUGACUUUACACACCUGCUUGGUGUACGGGCUUGGAUUUAUAUUGGCGUUCUGCUUGACACAAGUGGCGGGUCUGCAGUGCUAUGGCUGCAACAUCAUCCAGGGUCAGAGGUACGUGGACGUGGGCUGCUCCAACCCAGAGGUGCUCACCUGCACCCACUCGCACAAGGGCUUCAAGCACCGAUUCUGCAUCAAGACGGAGAGCACGGCACUGGGCAUCGUCCUGACCAGCGGCUGUGCCACGUCCAGACAUUGCCAACAACAGGAGCUGCCAGGCGUGCGCAUCCACUGCUGCGACUCGGACCUGUGCAACAGCGCCCCCUCGGGCAACCGAUUACACUACGCAUGCGUACUAGCAGGCCUGCUGCUGCUGAUGAUUUUGAGGUUGCAAUGAAGUUCAAGUUGAUUUGCUGUGAUGGAAAGUUCCAGCUUGUUUUGUUUUUUUGGUAGGAUUUCCAGUUUCAUGACAGCUUCUCUCAACAUUCACAUCAAAACAUUUUGCCAUGAAAGUUUCUCAAGCUUUCAUUAAUACAAUGGAAGCACACUCACUUUAUAAAGGCUAACACUCAUCCUAUGACAUCAUGUGUGUUCAGUUUCAUUGCUAAGAAACUUCAUAUCUUUAUUAAGAUAAAAUGUAUCAUGUGUUUUUCUUUCAAGAAAACGUUUUGUCAAUUAUAAUAUAAAUAUAUAUUUUUUUAGUUUUGUUUUUUUGUUCUUUCGGCUAAGGUUGUGAGAGCAUACUUACUGCAUGCGGUUUACAUGAUUGUAAGAGUCAAUGCAUGUCAAGUGGUCCAUUAUUGUAUGAAUAAAAUGAUUCAUAUUUUUCACAAAAAAAA